AGGCUUGCAGAACCAUCUGACUGUGGCGCAAAAAUGGAGGAUAACAUUAAAGACCUCAGCCGACCUCAGAUGUAUUUAUUUGGUUGCUCGUUGAAAGGAGAUAAAAAAGAGCACAGAGUUGAGGUGGAUGAUGAUGAGGCUGAACAUCAGCUGUCACUCAAAUCGGUAUGUUUGGGUGCAGAAGCUGAGGACAAAUUUCACAUCGUGGAAAUGGAGGGAUUGACUUACGAUGGCAAGACAACUAAAAUUACUCUUGCUGUACUGAAACCGUCUGUUCUGCCUUGUUUGAGUCUUGGAGGGUUCGAGGUCACGCCUCCUGUGUCUUUCCGCCUGCAGUCAGGAGCGGGGCCGGUCCACAUCAGCGGUCAACACUUCGUCAGCACAAAGGAAUCGGAUGAUGAGGACGAGGAGGAAGAAAAUAACACAUCACCAGUGAAGAGACCGUCCAACAUGACCCUCAUGAAAGUGCCACAGAAGAAGAAGCUGAAAAUGGACUCUGAUGAAGAUGAAGACUCGGACGAGGAGAGUGAGGAAGGCGAAGAUGAUGAAGAUGAGGAAGAUGAUGACGACGAGGACAAUGAGAAAGAAAAGGCAGCGGAAAAGACCCCCGUCAAAACGCCUCAAAAAUCCACAGAGAAGAAGAGUCCAAAUAAACAGAACGGCUCACCAAACAGGAAAGCAGCAAAAUCAGGAAAAUCUCAAGAUCAGACACCCCAGAAGGCAAAAGACAAGUCUGCAGCAGGGCCUUCUGGGAAAUCUCCAACAACCCUGAAUCUGAGCGAGGUGAAAAGCAAACUAGCAUCUGCAGCUAAAGAGGGGAGGCCGCUUCCAAAAACGGAACAGAAGUUCGAGAACUACGCUAAAAGCUCGUUCAAGAUCACAGAUAAACAAGUGAUCAAAGACCUUUGGAACUUUGUGCAAUCACUGAAAAAGUAAUGGCCGCUGUGUGCAGAAGUCUGAGGUCGGCCGGUCGACUGCUUCAGUUGUGAUCCUGCACCCGUCCCAUCUGAAAAUCAUCCGCCCGCUCCGCUCUGAUGCUCUCGCUGCAGAGCUUAUGGAGAUUUCAUGGUUCAAGUUUUAUCUUUGUUCCGUUUUAACAGUGAACGCAGAUUUAUUUCUGUUUCUUUUAGAAGAACAUUAUUGAAAUGUUUUUGUAAGGAUUAACGUUUUAAAGUCACGUUUAAGGGUGAAUCUCACAGACGUUGUCCACAUCUUUUGCUUUAUCUCUAAUUAAAAGAAAGAAGAGUAGUUAAGCUUAAAAACUUAGUAAAACUUUUGUUUUAUAAGAUGUCAAGUGUUGUAUAAAUAUAUAAGGGUAUAUUUGUCAAUUUAUGUCAAAUUUGAACUAAUGUAAUAAAAAUAUCCAAAACAUUUCAGUAAUUUUAGAGGGAAAUUACGCUUCAUUAUGAUGAAAAUUAUGUCACGAAUGCAAAAAAAUCAAUGGUCUUGAAUUUAUGAUUUGCGAAUUGUGACUUUUUGUGAGAUUCACCUUUAAAUACUUAAAACAAUAAAAAAGUAACUUAAAUAAUUAAGUUUAUUAUGCUUUGUUUGGGGGUCCCUUUCAAUACGCGCAACGCUUGAAAUGUUCUCGUGUAUGUGUGUAAAAAGAAAAACACACAUCCCGCCCAAAACUGACCUCUUUUACAUUUUAAACCGCAGAAAUCACUUUCUAUGAUUAUACAAAAAUCUGAAUACUUCCCUUGCUUUAUGCGUAAAGCUGACAUUAAUGAAGUUUAAUGCUAAAGAUCCAUCCAAUUACAAGAAUUCUGAGUUCCUCCAGCAUUCGGUGUAGUCCUCUGGUUUCUGCCAUGCUACGAUCCAUAUGGCCUUUAUCAUAAACAAACUGUAAGCUUGAAUGCAUUUAAGCUUUGCCCUCAUCUUAAGUGCUAUAGACGCUCACAUAAACGUUUGCUCGAGAGCCUCAGAAGUUUAUACCUCGAUUGUUAGUCCUUAAGGUCCAUAAAUGACAACAAAACAGUUUAGUUUAUAGAAUGAAGCUAACGUUUUAGUGGUUUUAUUUUCGUACAAAGCAGUUUUAUUAUGUUAGUGUUUACCCCUGUGUAGUUUAUUUUCGUGAGCUGUCUGUCCUCAAGCAGUUUUUUCGUUGACGCAUGUUGUGUUCCUUUAAUACAAGUAAAGUUCGUACAGAUGUGAUUUUUACACCUCGUCUGUGCUGCACGCGAGCGUCACGUCGCAACAAAACUAGAUCAACCUUACUAUCAUCAACACUGCAAAUGCACAGUUUUACAUACAGUGUAGUUCACUGUGUAUUAAAGGAACAUUUUAGUUUUGUUGCAUCGUGGCACUCUUAUGCAGUCCAGAUGAGGUGUCUUGCUUCAGAUGGAAAUGGAGAUAAAUCAGGUUUAGUUCAAUUAUCAAGGAAUAUACUGUCUAACCAGAUUUUUUGUUGUAUUCUGUAUCAUUGUGAAGUUGAUUGUACUUUGUAAACAAACCAAGUACACAAGCAACUGGGUUUAGUGAUUCUCUGAAAAGUAAUAAAUUGUUCUUUCUUUGUUUUCUUAA